AUGACAUCUGCACCGCGCAGUUCGUCGAGCUCGACGAGGUCUCAGUCCUCAAAGAGCGUGGUAGUAAGUGCUUCUCUCCAUUAUGGGUGGCAUGCAGCCACUGCUUGGGUCACUCCCAAAUCACCCCCCAGCCGUCCCACAAAUACUCCGGCUGACCUCGUGUGGUCCCGCCGACAAGCAUCAGAGAAUGAAGUGUCCGACGUCUACGUACGGCUGGGCUAUGAGUUCAACCUGGCUUGUCGCGCCUUCAAUGCCAUCGGAGUUGACACCUCAGAUCUUGGCCCCGUACCCGACCUUUUGCGUACGAUCCUCGAAGAUACUCUCAGCCAAGAUGCGUCUCCACAGAGUCUCGAGCGCUACCUCCCUCGAGUUCGCGACAUCAUCAUCAACCUUCUACAUGGCCUCAAGAAAAAGCAGGCUCGACUACGUGCGCGACAACAGAAGGAGGAAAAUAGGCCAUUGCCCGGUCGGCACACAAGUGCAAGUGGUGCAACUUCGGCGCAGGCGGCAUUGAAUCAAGCAUAUGAGGACACUGCCUCCACGGUGACGUCUCCGAAGCGAUCGACUCGGCGAUUUGGCAGUAAUGGCUCUAUGGAGGACCCAUCCAUGGCCCGGGCGUCUUCAGCGGCAUCGGCUGAUGCGCGAGGGGCGAGCUUUUCAGAACGAGAUGCGUCGAGGCGCGAGGCACAAAACAUCUUAUCUCAAGGAUCUCAACCAGACUCUGGGGCAACUCCCAAGGGCUCCGUGACUUCGACCAACGCGCCACCUUAUCCCACACCGCCCCCUCCGCCAGCCCCGAAACAAGAUGAUGCUCUUGGGGCUCUGCAGAGAAGCGGGGAGCUGGAACGUCGGGCCUCUCGAAGGUUUUCUGCCUAUCAGAUACAAAAGCAUCUGGGAACUUCUUCAAGCGGUGUUCCAGUCCUCCCGACCCAAAAUUCUCCGAUACCGAAUCGGGGGCGUGAUGUCCGUGAGUCGCUAAAUGCUGUGCGUCUACGCGGUGGUCCGGCUGAUCACCCGGCGAUUGGACGGCAGCCCGAUCUCCCUCGUCCUUCUGAAGAGCCGUCCCUUGCAGAGGCAUUUGAGCCCGUAAAGGAUGCUGCCCUUACCGCGGCUGCCCGCCCAGGAACGCCCAAGUCUGAAGGCCAGCAGCCAGCUGUGUCUGCUUCUACCCCACCUCAAGCAUCCCAAUACUCCCCUGAACAGCAAUCCCCAGGCAAGGAGCUCACUCUAUUCCUUCAAUACAGAAGCAAGAUAAAGAAAUACGUUCUCCCAGAAGGAUAUACUGGCCUUACUAUCGGAAGACUUCAGCUGGCUUUCAUUGAGAAAUUCGCUUGGAACACCCACAACAACGGGGUUGACUUGCCGGAAAUCUAUAUUCAGGACCCUGUUUCAGGGGUCCGGCACGAGCUGGAGGAUCUGAGCGAUGUCAAGGAUCGGUCUGUGUUGGUGCUCAAUGUUGAUAUCCUGGAUGAGGUCAAGAAGCACUUUGAUGAUGAAUUCGGUGGAGUCCGUCGCAUGAUCGAAGGUGUUAAAGGGGCCCUCGAGGGGCAAGAAAGCAUGAUGCAACGUGUUUCAGACCGUCAAUUGGAAGCUGCGAAAGAAAUGGCUCGUCUGGCUGCUGCGCCUCCUAUCGCAGAGCUCCAGAGUUUGCGACGUGACCUUGCUGUACUACGACAGACGUACUCGAAUUUCACCGCCGAUAUUGCGAGCUCAAUGAGUGCGAUCCGUACCAAAGCAGGUGGACUGAAGACGGCUGCUGCUGAUGUCACAGUACCCUCGUUCGAAGGCGAUGCGGGCCGUGUGCGGGUGAAUUCUGGAAAGAAGGAACUUGCAGAGGAAUCAGAACGUCUUGUGGCGCGGGUUGACGACCUCCAGGAUUUGGUCGAGGAUCUCCGCAAGGAUGUUGUGACUCGUGGUGUCCGACCGCUGCCGAGGCAGCUGGAGUCUGUGAGUAAGGACAUCAGCGCCGUUACCAAGGAGAUCAAGAAGAUGCAGGAAUUCCUUAAGCGGGAGAAGCCCGUUUGGACAAAGAUCUGGGAGAAGGAACUCCAGCAAGUUUGUGAAGAGCGUGACCAGCUUACUAUGCAAGAGGACCUCGCAGCUGAUCUUCAGGAUGAUCUGGAGAAGGCAGCUCAAACUUUUGCUCUUGUUGAGCAGGCCACAAAGCAGCAGGCGAUGCAGAACUCUUCGGGUGGACCCACCUUGCGCAACACCUCGCGAAACGUUGUGAUUGAUCCGGCUGUGGAUCCCAUGAAGGCAAAAGACAGCGUCUUGGGUGAGGUGCGCGCCUUGCAGCCGAACCAUGAAUCUCGCUUGGAGGCGAUUGAGCGGGCAGAGAAGGCACGCCAGAAGGAGCUGGAGACUCGCCGUAUUGGGCUUUUCCAAAAGGAGCUCGGAGCUUUUGUCGAAGAAGGCAAGUUGAAGAAGAGUGGUGGUGUGGAGGAGGCCGAGAGACUCCGUCGGGCCAAAGAUGACCGCAUUCGCAAGGAGGUCUGGGAGAGACAACAGGCCAGGGCGGCCGAAAUGGAGAAGGCAGAAGCAGAAGCCGCUGCAGCCCAAGCGGAGCAGGCUGAGAAGCCGACCGAUGACGCAGAGGCCGCAGAGGCGGAGCCUGAUGCAGACGUGGCUGAAGAGGCAAAUGCUGAGGAGGAAGAGGUUGGAAAGGAAGAGGAAGUAAUUAUGGUCAAAGGAAAGUCUCCGGUACCCGAAGACUCGGAUGAAACAGAAGAAGAUAAAAGAGAAACGUUCCUUGAUGCUGAGGAGCACGAGGAAGCUGACAAAGAAGUAACGACUGCGCAUGAGCAGAAGCCGGACCAUGAGCAAUAG